AUGGGGAAACUCGCCAUCCUUGUUGGCUUAUGCACAGUGUUGUGUCAUUUUGGUUCAGCUUCGGAACUUGUGUGCUACUUUACCAACUGGUCCCAGUAUAGGCCUGGGACUGGGAAGUUCCUACCUGCCAAUGUUGAUCCAUACCUCUGCACUCACCUAAUUUACGCCUUCUCCGUCAUCAACUAUGCCAAUGAGUUGACCACCUAUGAAUGGAACGAUGAGACACUUUAUCAGUCUUUCAACGGCCUUAAAGACAGAAAUCCCAAGCUGAAAACUCUUUUGGCAGUUGGUGGAUGGAACUUUGGGUCAAGCCAGUUCAGCGUCAUGGUAUCUACACCUAAGAACAGACAGACCUUCAUCCAGUCAUCCAUCAGUUUCCUACGUAAAUACGGUUUUGAUGGACUAGAUCUGGACUGGGAAUAUCCUGGCGCGCGAGGGAGCCCACCAGAGGACAAACAGAGAUUCACACUCCUGUGUAAGGAGCUUCUGGAAGCCUAUGAGGCAGAGGGUAAAGCAACUGGACGUCCAAGACUGAUGCUAACUGCUGCAGUAGCAGCAGGGAAAGGAAACAUUGAUGGUGGCUACGAGAUAGCUAAAAUAGCAAGGUAUCUGGACUUUGUUAAUGUCAUGACCUAUGACUUCCAUGGAAGUUGGGAAACCUUCACAGGACAUCAUAGUCCUCUGUAUCGGGGUCCUCAUGAUGCGGGAGAUUUCAUCUACUUUAACACUGAUUUUGCCAUGAAGUAUUGGAGAGAUCAGGGAACUCCGGUAGAGAAACUGAGGAUGGGCUUUCCCACUUAUGGCCGCACGUUCCGUCUCACGUCAGCAGCCAAUGGGGUUGGAGCUCCAGCAGGUGGACCUGCUUCUGCUGGACCGUACACAAGGGAAGCUGGGUUCUGGUCUUACUAUGAGAUAUGCACUUUCACCCAGGGAGGAACAACUCAGUGGAUUGAAGAGCAAAAAGUCCCAUAUGCUACCAAAGGAAAUGAAUGGGUGGGGUUUGAUAGCAAGGAAAGCUAUGAGAUAAAGGUACGCUAUCUGCGGGCUAAUAAAUUUGGUGGGGCAUUUGUUUGGGCCCUGGAUCUGGAUGACUUUGCAGGCCAAUUCUGCAGGCAGGGCAACUACCCCCUCAUCAGCUAUCUUCGCCACCUUCUCAAUAACGGUUCAAACCCUGUGCCGCCUACUACCCACAUACCGGAAGGAAACACAACAAAACAAACAACUCUUGCCCCCACUACGAGACCAGUCAACUCCACUGGCCACCCCAUAAAGACCACACCAACCACAAACUCCACCACCACCAAGUCAACAGCUGCACCAGGUAGUAGAUUCUGUGCAACUAGAUUAGACGGCCUGUAUCCCAAUCCAGAUAACCCUAAAACCUUUUACCAUUGUGCAAAUGGUAUUACCUACAUACAGCCUUGUCCUGCAGGGACAGUUUAUAACGAUCGCUGUAAAUGCUGCGACUGGCCUUAG